ACCACCUCGGGCUCCUAUCAGCCAGACUCGGGAUCUCGGCCGAGUAUCCACUUCCACCACUUUCAGAUAUAGCCGAACGCUCGCGAGGCCGACUAUACCGCCUUAAGGUAUCGUGCAUAUGUCUAUGUACACGCCGCGCUCGUAAUAGGUACAGGUCUAUUCUCUUUCACGAUCAAAGACCCGACUCUCACGCUUUCACAAUGAUUGCUCGCACUCUCAGAUCCUCGCACUUCAAGACUAACUCAGGUACAAAUACGCAUUACCUACAAGCUGGCGACUCUUCAGGCCCGCUUCUGAUAUGCCUCCACGGACUCGGAGGCUCUACCGAGACAUUUUCGCCGCUUGUGCCCUCUCUACCUCCCACGUACAACAUCAUUCUUGUCGACUUUCCUGGCUACGGAAAGACGCCACUAGCAGGUGUCACGAAACCACUUUCCGUUGAAGGGCUUGUUGUCGACUUGGCCGACCUCAUCACAUCUUUUCAAGCAAGCUCGAAUAGCUCAGCCUCGUCUAAGGUUGUCAUCGUUGGACAUUCCCUAGGUGCCAUUAUCGCUCUGCAAUAUGCCGCAAGACAUCCACAGUCUACUGCAGGUCUCUUACUCCUUGGUCCUGGUCGAGCAGCUGGUCACAUCCCCGCUGUUCGACAGCGCAUGCUCGAUCUCGCGGCCGCGGUGAGGAAGGAAGGCAUCAAGUAUGCAGCGGACAUUGCGGCCAAGUCUAACUUCUACGACGAUAGCCAAGACCGAACGGUGAAUCUAGCAGCUCGAGAAGCUGUGAGGCUCGACGUGAGCUCUGCUGAUCCCGAGGCCUAUGCGCAAACAUGUGAAGCUAUCGUGGAUAGUAGCCACAAAGAUCCGCGGUACCAAGCCAUCACAUGUCCUGUAGUCUUCGUGGCAGGAGAUAAGGAUAUGAUUAGUCCAGUGCAGCGGUCGCAAGAUAUCAGUGCAUCGGUUGGAGGAAGGAGCUGUGUGCAUGUUGUGAAAAGUGGUCAUCAGCCGAUAUUGGAGGAUCUUCCCGGUGUUGAGAAGGCGGCGCAGCAACUAAUGGAAGCCAUUGUUGAAUGAGACAUAUGGACUCUUACAGUUGCGGAAACGGCCCAUGCAAGUAAUGUGCAAUGCAAUCUCG